UUCAUUUAUUCUACAUUUCUGUAUACUAGGUCAAACUUCGAAUUCAAUUCAACCACCAGAAAGCAGGUGUGGCUCCCAGGACAAAAAUAAAUUGUGCAAUGAGAAGACAUGCUUUUCAUGCAACAGUAAAAGAGAAGAAAAUUCGCAAACAGUCAGAGGCACAAUUUUGAUACCUUGUAGAACAGCAAUGAGAGGGAGCUUUCCGCUCAAUGGAACAUACUUUCAAGUUAAUGAGGUGUUCGCUGAUCAUGAUUCUAGUUACAAUCCAAUUGAUGUUCCAAGGCAGUGGAUAUGGAAUUUGCCAAGACGGACCGCAUACUUUGGAGCUUCUGUAACGUCAAUAUUUAGAGGUCUAUCAACAGUGGGAAUUCAAUACUGCUUUUGGAAAGGAUAUGUUUGUGUGAGGGGAUUUGACCGGAAAACAAGAGGACCAAGACACAUAAAUCCCACAUUGCACAUGCCUGCAAGUGAGUUGACCAAGACUAAAAAGGAAGAAAAAAGAUAAACAGAUCAUAGUGCAGAGAAGAUUUUGAUUAGAAACACAGAAGAUUACUGACUGUUUGAGAAGAACAAUGACUAAGAAAUCCUAGCAUCUUCAAUUGUUCUUCCUCUAGCAUGAGAUGCAGUCACUAUAUGUUCAGACGGCCAGCAGAAAGUGGUUUUCAAACAUAAAAUGUGAGAUCUCGUGACAAGUUGAUUGUAAUCUGUCCAGAAUUAUAAUUACUAUUUUCAAUAAAUGAACUGGUUAUGUGUGGGUUA